AUGGCUUUUGCCAAGUUGGCCGUCCUUCUGCCACUGCUGCUCCUCAUCACAUUGGAAUCAAUGAGUGGCAACACUGUGCCUGCGAAGGCUUGCCAGAUUCUGGCUGAGCUUCCCGAGCCCAAAACCAACUCUAAGGUUCCCCCAAAGCUUGAGAUUACCAAGCAUGAACUUCCAAAUCCUGAGAUUCCUAAGUUCAAAUCUCCCAAGACUGAGUUUCUCAAGCCUGCGGUGCCUAAGCCUGAACUUCUCAAUCUUGAGAUUCCCAAACUGAGCUUCCCAAGCCUGAAGCUCCCAUCACUAAGCUCCCCAAGCCUGAGGUUCCUAAACCCGAACAUCCCCAAGCCAGAGGUUCCUGAACUUGAACUUCCCGAAACUAAGGUUCUAAAGCCUGAAAUUCACAAGCCUGAGGCUCUGAAUCCUGGGGUUCCUGCUCCUAAACUUCCCAAGACUGAGGUUCCUAAGCUUGUGGUUUCCAAGAUUGAGCCUCCCAAGCCUGAACUUCUCAAGCCUGAAUUUCCCAAGAUGGAGCUUCCCAACUCUAAGCCUAGCAAGUCUGAAGUGCCAAAGCUGCCCAAGCCAGUACUUCCCCGCAUCACUGAACAUCCAAAUUCUGAGUUACCUAUUUUUCUUGAAGUAGAAGUGCCAAAGUUUCCUGAACUGCCAAUUUCUUCUUACUCAACCAUUCCUUGA